AUGGAAGUUGGGAUCGAGAAAACCCUCAAGCUUCUGCAAUCGCUCUCUCAGAUUGGCGAGGCGGUUGCCUUCCCGUCGCCAAAGGCCGUCCAAUGGACGACUGCUAAAAAUCAAUCUGCAUUAGCGCGUCGGUAUUUCCGCCUCUUCAAAUGGAUCGAUUGUUGGACGUUAGCCCACAACCAGUACAGCACCCAUUUAGGCGUCCAGCCAAGUCUGAAUGAGAAGAAAGAGAUAACUUCACCGCCAAAGGCAGCCGGAGACAACAUAAGAGCAGCCCUCACCGUUACCAAGUGGUCCCUGCUCGGCAUAUACCUGUUCAUGGAGAUGUUCACGAUUACCAAUGCGAUGUUUAUCACGUCCUACUGGUGGGGUCCAACUUUGCAGCUCGAAUCCUUGAAAUUCUGGUUUUACUCGAUUGCAGUCUCAAUUUUGUUGAGUCUCUACAAGAUAUACUUACUUGGUUCGAGCCCGUCACCGACUUCGUCUUUUUCUGAUGCUGCUGUUAUUCAGAAUGCGAAUGAGACGCCCCCAAAGACAAGACGGCAGAAAAAGUCACAGAAGACGACUCGAGAGAAGCAACAAGAACCCUCCUCUCACUCCCACGCCCACACUUCGUCGCUUGAUGUCCAGGCUGCGGAACGUUACGCUCUUUACAAGCAGCUCGCGAUUGAUAGUUGCGACCUGGUGAUCCCCGGCUCAAUACUGGGCUGGACACCACUUGAUCCCGUCGUGGUUGGCAUUGCAGGUUCGAUCAGUGCUGUUCUUGGAGCUUCGAAUGUCUGGGCACGAGUUGAUCGGUGA